AUGGCUUUUGUAGCUCCACCAGGCUACCAGCCCAUCUACAGCCCAAGCAUCCCAUAUGUUGGUCCGAUUGCUGGAGGUCUUAGAGAAGGAAUGUCGUUCUACAUUCAGGGAAAGAUUCAACAUCAUAUCAGCAGGUUUUUUGUAAAUCUGCAGUGUGGAGAAUUUGAUGGAUGCGAUAUUGCUUUUCACUUCAACCCUCGUUUUGACCUAUGGGACAAAGUGGUCUUCAACACCUUCCAGAAUGGCUCGUGGGAAGGCGAGGAGAAAGUCAGAGAGAUGCCAUUCAGCAAGGGAGAGCAUUUCGAGAUGGUCAUUGUCGUUAACUCAGAGGGAUAUCAGGUGAGUGUGAAUGGGCGAGAGUUCUACCUCUUCCAGCACAGACUGCCUCUGCAACGGGUGUGCGCUUUGGAGAUUGGCGGAGAUGUGUCUGUUGACACUAUUAACAUCAUCGGGGGUAUGCAAAGUGGCAUGGGAGGCAUGGGAGGCAUGGGGGGAGGAUUUCCAGGUGGAAUGGGAGGUGGAAUGGGAGGAGGAAUGGGAGGUGGAAUGGGAGGAGGAAUGGGAGGUGGAAUGGGGGGAGGCUAUCCAGGAGGUGGAAUGGGUGGCAUGGGGGGAGGUUACCCUGGACAAGGAAUGGGGGGAGGAAACAUGGGCUAUCCAGGAGGAAAUCUGCCAGUAAUGGGACUACAGCCUAUCUUUAACCCUUCCAUCCCCUAUUCAGAUAUGAUCCCUGGAGGCAUGACCAUCAAGAGGACCAUUAUCAUUAGGGGCAUGGUGCCAUAUGGAGCUGACAGGUUUUGCCUUAACUUUUUAAGUGGUGCUUCAAGAGACAUUGCCUUUCAUCUCAACCCUCGAAUAAGAGAGGGGAUUGUAAUCAGAAACAGUCAGAUUGGUGGAUGCUGGGGUGAAGAAGAGAGAGAUGUCAACUUUAACCCUUUCCUGGAAGGACAGUUCUUUGAAAUCUCUAUUCGCUGUGGUGAAGAUAAGUUUACGGUGUUUGUAAAUGGACAGCAUCUGUGUCAUUUCUAUCACCGCUUCCAGCGCUAUAACCUCAUCGACAUGCUGGAGGUGCAGGGAGACGUCCAGCUCUCAUACAUCCACUACUGAACAUGUUCUUCUAGUGCAAUUCUAUUAAUACAUUCUGCCUUGUUACUGAAUUAACUUUAAAUUACAUCUGUAACAUGACUGAACUUUAACCAAA